UACCCAGUAUGGCAAUACUGUCAUGGCGGCAUCAGAAGUUGGGUAUUAGAAAAACAACCUCCAGUCAUCCAAGUUUUUCGGCAUUUUUACACUACCCACGGUGCUGCUGGAGGGUGGAGAGGGUAGAGGAAGGUGAGAGGAGGCAGUGAGGCCAGUGAGAGGAUGGACAGUCACGAGGAAGACGGGGAAAUAAGGGAGGAGGGUCGCCGCCACCACCACCACCACGACCCCGAGCAGGAGGACGACGACUUCAGCAUGUCCUCCUAUGACGGCGACCAGGGGGACAGUCUGGACAUUAAGCCCCCCCAAGCCGUGGUGCAGAGGCGGGAGAAACGAGAGAAGAGGGAGAAGAGGGAGCGCCAUCGCCACAAAGGGGAAAGACAUAAGGAACGACACCGCAGCAGCAGGGAACACCGGGGACAUGAGGAGCGCCGCAGAGAACACAGGAAGCAUCGGAAGGAGGUGGGGCCACGGGAGGGGGACAGGAGGGAGGUGAGGAGGCAUGAAAAGAGACACGACAGAGGAGGGAGACAUGAAAGACAAAUGUUGGAUGCCAGGAGCAAGAUUGAGAAGAGGAAGAUGAUGGAGAGGGAGAUGCAGGAAAGGAGACGCGACAGGGAACACGAGGAAUACUACAUAGACGAACGCGAGAGUUACGAGCAUCUUGACUACAGGCGGGAGCACCAGGGGCGAGGGGCCAGCGGGGGGCAUGGGCGGCAGCAGUGGGGGAUGGCGGGGGACUAUGGGGCAUACACACACCACCGACGGGAGGAGCGCGCCCUGCCUCAGCUGUCACCGCGGGAGAGAGCCGAGAGAGACAGGCGGAUGGAACGACUGCUAGUGGCGGACAAGCAGAAGGAGCUUUCCCAGCGUGAGGCGGAGAGUCGGAGGCAGAGGAGGGAGGAGGAGAGGCGGGAGGAGGAGCGGCGGGAGGAGCAGCUGUCCCGCACAGGGGAGGGGGCGUGGGGGGCGACUUCCUCCCCCACAGCAGCGGCAGGCACAGCAGGGCACCCCACUCACCCCCCCAGCAGACACAGCAGCAGGGGGGUGAAGAAGAGGAAGCACCAUCACCCACCCUAUCAGCACCCAGGAGACGCAGAGGUGACAAUAGUGAGCGACGAGGAGGAAGAAGAGGAGGAGGAGCUGGAUGAGGAGGAGGAGGAGGGAGUGUACGAGGAGGCAGUGGAGGUGAAGGAGGAGGGCAAGAAGAGGAAGAGGAAGAGGAGGGAGGAGGAGAGAGGAGGAGGAGGAGGAGGAGGAAGCAACACCCAUCACUCUGACUCAAGGGACAGUGGGUCAUCAGACAGUGAAACAGACUCAGAGAGGGUUCGCUCCCCCACCCCUCCUCAGAGGACACAGUAUCAUUCAGAGAGCAGCAGCAGCACAGAAACUGAUGUGGAGGAGGAGGAGAAGGAGGAGAACUCAGCCACCGGGAGAGAGAAGGGAUCUGAUGAUCGCAUGUCGAGGUCAGGCAGUGGAACGGGGUCAGCGAGGUCAGGCACGCCUUCUCCUAGCCGGGUACGACGCUACAAUGAUUCUCCCAACAUGGAGGGACGGCGGUCAGACCAGGAGGACGCCACCUACCUGCCGGAGAGCUCACCUGAGUCACCGCUGGAAUUGAAGGAGCAGCUGCCCUCCUACUUUCCCGCCAUCAUGGGCUGCCGCUCUGUUGACGAGUUUGAGUGUCUUAACAGGAUAGAGGAGGGGACCUAUGGUGUGGUGUACCGGGCGCGGGAGAAAGCAACCAAUCAGAUCGUCGCACUGAAGAGACUCAAGAUGGAGAAGGAGAAAGAAGGAUUUCCUAUCACCUCCCUUAGAGAAGUCAACACACUGCUCAAGGGACAGCAUGAAAACAUCGUGACAGUUCGGGAGAUCGUGGUGGGCAGCAACAUGGACAAGAUCUACAUAGUGAUGGACUACGUGGAGCAUGACCUGAAGAGCCUGAUGGAGACGAUGAGGCAGAAGAAGCAGGUGUUUACCAUUGGGGAGAUCAAGACACUCAUGCAGCAGCUCCUGAAGGCCGUACACCACCUGCAUGACAACUGGAUCCUGCACAGAGACCUUAAGACCUCUAACCUCCUCCUCUCGCAUCGUGGUAUCCUUAAGGUGGGUGACUUUGGAUUGGCGCGUGAGUAUGGCUCCCCACUGAAGCACUACACCCCCAUUGUGGUCACCCUGUGGUACCGGGCACCUGAGCUGCUGCUGGGGGCUAAGCAGUACUCCACACACAUUGAUGUUUGGUCGGUGGGCUGCAUCUUUGGUGAGCUGCUGGGAAUGGAGCCUAUGUUUCCGGGAAAGUCCGAGAUCGACCAGCUCAAUAAGAUUUUCAAGGACCUCGGCACUCCCAGCGACAAGAUCUGGCCGGGCUACAACCAGCUGCCCCUCGUGAAGAAGACCCAGUUUGCAGACUACCCGUACAACCACUUGAGGGAGAGGUUCAAGAGCAGGCUGUCUGAUGAAGGAUUUAAUCUUCUCAAUAGGUUCCUGACGUACAACCCACAAAUGAGGAUAACGUGUCAGAAAGCCCUGCGCCACGAUUACUUCCACAAGGAGCCACCCGCCCCGAUCGAUCCAGCCAUGUUCCCCACUUGGCCUGCCAAGUCGGAGAACCCACAUGCCCGCUCCAAGAAGAUGGGGCCCAGUCCGAAGCCUCCCUCUGGUGGCAAAAAUUUCAAAGACCUGGUGGAUGGGGACGACGAGAUGGCUGCAACCGGUUUCUUCCUGGGAGGCGCGGCAAGCAGUGGUCCUGGCUUUGUACUGAAGAUGUGAGCUGUCCUGCCUCUCCACGCCGGCCCCCUGUCACCCCUUGAUGCCUCCUGAAGCCUCUGAGAACCCAGCCACUGUUGGGGAGUUUGGCAGUGUUUGUGGGGCUCUGGUGCUGUUGACUUGGGACUGUCCUGCUGGGAAUCCUGGCAGUGCUUGGAAUGGUUUGGUAUCUUUGGAAUCUUGACAGUGUUUGGAAUUUUGAUGCUGUUUGGAAUUCUGUGACUCUGUUGGAAUCUUGCUGGCACUGUUGGAAUCCUGCUGGCAGUGUUGGAAUCUUGCUGGCAGUGUUGGAAUAGUGUUGGUGUCUUUGGCGGUGUUGGAAUGCAGCUGGCCGCCUUCUUGUCUGUACCUGAAACAACAGACUGCAUUAAUAAAAAGAAUAGUACAGAUUUACAAUGUACAAUAUUUCAUUACUGUGUAAUAUAAAGUUAAUUCUAGUUUUUA